CCGGUCCGCCGCCGUCCCGGCAUGCAACGCGGCGGCGGCGACAGCGGCGGCGACAGCGGCGGCGGCCGCCAUGUUGUGGUAGUUUGUUGUUCUCCUGCGGCCGGGCCGCGCUGAGGGGCGGCCGCCGGGCGCUGAAGCCGGGCCCUUCCCCAGGGGCCUUGCCCCCGUCCCAACGCUCCCCGGAGGGCGGCUCGGGGCUCGGAGGAGGUGUGGGGAGCCGGCCGGGGUGAGGCGAGGAGCCAUGGCUGCCGCCCUGGGAGGAGGCGCAGAUGACGACUUUGAUCAAUUUGAUAAGCCUGGUGCAGAGAGGUCUUGGAGAAGAAGAGCUGGAGAUGAUGAGUGGGACAGUGAGCUUGAUGAUGAUUUGCUUGGAGAGGAUUUGCUCGCUGGCAAAAAGAAUCAGUCAGACUUGUCAGAUGAGGAGCUGAACGACGAUCUUCUGCAAAGUGACAAUGAAGAGGAGCACGCAUUUGGUUCCCAAGGUGUCACAGUUAGCCUCGAUGGUACGUCUGGCUUACUUACAUCCUACGAACUCUCUGAGACCAUCAAUGACGAAUCAAUAGAACAUGAGUACGACCAAGGGGAAGAUGAAAUUGGUUACGGCAAAUCUGAAGCACAUGGAGAGUAUGCUUCAGACUAUGCAGAGGAAGGACAUUAUGAAGGCAAUGAUCCUGAACUGACAGAAGACCAAAUAGAAUAUGGGGAAGAGCCUGGAGAAGAUGAUGAAGUGCUAGACCUUGAAAUCAAUGAACCCCUAGAUGAAUUUCCAGAUGAAGAUUACAUGCAGUCAUAUAAUGAACAAGCAAUGGAAGAUCAAGAAUAUACAGCUGAUGAGGAGCUGGAAGAACCCCAGACAAUGACAAAUGAAUCAGAAGAGGCAGCUAUUGAAUCUCUGGAACUUCAAGACCAGACAAAAGAGGAAUCUGAUGAAGAGGAGGAUGAUGAUGAAGAGUCUGGACGAUUACGUUUCAAAACUGAACGGAAAGAAGGAACGAUAAUUAGGCUCUCAGAUGUGACAAGAGAAAGGAGAAACAUUCCAGAAACUUUAGAACUUUCUGCAGAAGCCAAAGCAGCAUUACUUGAAUUCGAAGAAAGGGAAAGGCAGCUUAAACAAGGACGGUAUGGCUCAAGGAGAGGAGGGCGAAGAGGAGGCUCAGUCAUGUGCCAUGGAAUGGGAGAACAAAGGAGAGACAAUAACGAUAGGGGAAGAAUGAAGGAGCAUAGGCCUGCACUGCUGCCAAACCAGCCAUCGACAAUGACUCAUUCACAGAGGUUAAUUCCAACACACCAGCAACCUGUUAGGAGUCUGUUCCAGCACCAGCAGCAGCAGCAACAACAGCAGCAGCAACAGCAGCAACAACAACAGCAGCAGCAGCAGCAACAGUUACAAUCUCUGCUUCCUUUACAGCAUCAGCAUCAUUCUUCUCCUCCUCCAGGGCUACAUAUGCCCCCUCAGAUAGAAACACCUAGAAUAAUGAUGACUCCACCACCAGUGACACCUCAGCAACCGAAGAACAUACACAUAAACCCACAUUUCAAGGGGACGGUAGUGACGCCUGUACAAGUGCCCUUGCUGCCAGUUCCAGCCCAGCCAAGACCUGCCGUAGGACCCCAGAGAUUUCCUGUUCCUCCAGACUUUCAGCAGCAUGCGCCUGGACCCGUUCCUACCACCUUCUCACAGGCCCCAAGGCUGCCAAUCCAGGACCAGUGGAGGGGGCCACCACCACCGCCACCACCACUCCCUCCUCCACCUCCUCAGGAGAGAGAUCCCUUUUUUAUAGGAGAUCCAAGAUUUCCAAGCCAUCACUUGUUUGAGCAGCGGAGCCCCCCCCCACCACCACCUCCCCCGCUUCUGAACAGCGCGCAUCCUGUCCCUACGCAAAGCCCCAUGCCAUUCAGUCAGCCCGGGCCAGCCUUCAGCCAACAGGGGCAACAGCCGGUAUUUCCCAGAGAGAGGCCGGUGAGGCCAAACAUACAGCCUCAAGGCCCGGUGGGAAUUCUCCAUUUCAACCAACCGGGUGCAGCAAAUCCACGGCCCUUCAUUCCUCCGAGACAGCAAUUCCUACAAGCCCCAGGACAGCCCUUCCUCGCCGCACACACGCAGCCUAACAUGCAGGGUCCUUUGCAUCCACCGUUGCAACCUCAGCCCCAGCCUCAGCCUCAGCAGCACCAUCACCAGCAGCAGCAACAACACCAUCACCAGCAGCAGCAGCAGCAACACCACCAUCAUCUCCAAGGACCACCACAGCCCUUGAUGCCCAUGAACCAGCCACAGUUCAGGCCUCACAUGCAGGCCACGCAGCAGCAGCCAAAUAACAACAGGAUGCAGUGUCAGCAGCGGCAGGGUCCGAUGAAGCCAAGACAUAACACACCCUCACAAAAUAUUGUCAAGCGUCCAAAUCAGCAGCUACAGCCAACUGCUCCAAGAAAUAGUAACUUGCGGGAGUUGCCAAUAGCACCGUCACAUGCUCUGGAAGUGAGCAACAACAGGCGAACCUCUACCCCAGCUGCUCAGGUCAAACCCAUUACCAGCACAGCGUCUGCCACCAAGACUGUAGCUGGUGUUGGAAACUCACAGGGACGGCCUGAGGUGAAAGCUAAAGCGAUCACACCAGUGGCCCAAGCAAAACCAGAAGCAAAGUCUGAAACAGAGUAUCCAGAUGAAGAUGAAGAAACUAGAUUGUACCGUUUGAAGAUAGAAGAGCAGAAGCGUUUAAGAGAAGAAAUUCUGAAACAAAAGGAGUUGAGACGGCAGCAGCAGGCUGGUGCUAGGAAGAGAGAACUGCUUGAAAGACUGGCGCAGCAGCAGCAGCAGCAGCCUUCUACGCAGCAAUCCUACGUGCAGCAGGAGGACGACUCUUCCGAGUUCCCCACCAACGGCAACCCUUACGUACCCCACUCUGGCUUACAGACCAGGCAAAAUGUGAAAAACAGACUCCUUGUUAAAAAGCAAGAUAUGGUAGUCCCAAAUACCCAGCCCAAACACACAGAUUACCCACAGGUUGGGGGCAAUAUGCAAUAUCAAGGACAGCAGCUGAAACCAGUGAAACAGCUGAGGCAGCCCAGGACAGUACCUCCAAGUCAGCCUCAGGCAGCACAGAAAAUAUCGCAGACAAAACCUGCUGCAGCACCGCUGCCCUCACCACAGACUGCUCGAGUGGCUUCGGUACAAGCAAGGCCCCAGGAACUGAAACCUGGCAUGAAAAGGACUGUCAUGCAGCGGACAAACAGUGGUAGUGGAGAUGGGCCCCAUGUCGGCAGCAAAGUCAGGGUGAUUAAGUUGUCAGGAGGGCAGGGGGGAGAGGAUGCUGGCUUUUUUCACCCAGAGGGCCAGCCCCAGCGGCCUCAACAACCUCUGGAGCCGAAACAGCAGCCAGUGCGGAAGGUCACAUUGACAAAGGGAAUGCAGCAGCAGCAGCACCAACAGCAGCAGCAGGCACAGAUCCAUUCACCAGCUCCUCAAGGAGUCAAAAACAUCCAGGGAAUCCAUCAACCUAAAAAGGUCAUUAUGCAUGGGAGAGGCAGAGGAGUAGCAGGCCAGAUGGGCCGAGGACGCUUGAUGCCAAAUAAACAGAACCUGCGAGUGGUGGAGUGCAAACCUCAGCCCUGUAUUGUGUCAGUUGAAGGGCUUUCUUCAUCAACUACUGAUGUCCAACUGAAAAACCUGCUGAUGUCAGUGGGACCCAUUCAGAGUUUACAGAUGCUUCCUCAACAACGGAAAGCCAUAGCAAAGUUUAAGGAGCCAGCACAUGCUUUAGCAUUUCAACAGAAAUUCCACAGGCACAUGAUAGAUCUGUCCCACAUAAAUGUGGCACUGAUAGUUGAGUGAUGUCUGCUGAGAAAUACAUACACUAACAGAAGCCUAUUGUGGAGCGACACAAGACACGGUGGCACGACCAUCAGGUUCUGAAACCUUUCAGCUUACAGUCUUUAAUUGCCAUGUUGAACUACAGAAAGCAGCGAGAUGUCCUCAAGAAGAGCAGAACUUGAGAGGGAUCUGCAAAGGUGGAAUUUCUGUUCAGUUUGUUCACGUUCUGUUGUAACCACAUGGAACUACAGAUUUUUUUCAAAAUGCUUACAGUGCAUGCAGACACUGUUCGUCAAGAUACUACUGUGUGACCACAGUGACUUGAGAGAGAACGUUUACACCGAAAGAUCUAAAAACUUUCUUCAUAGCAAAGAAUAUUUGAUAAUGGUUGCUCUUAUCUUCAGUGCGAGGUAUUUGAAUGAGAACUCACUUUUCUAAACCAAACACGUUAGUUACGUUGUAUAUCUGAGAGCAUAGAAAGUAUUCUUGCGUAGAUUUAAACGUGGUCUACUUCACUGAAUAGCAGUAAGCUGAGAAGCUUUGGAGGUGACACUGGAAAACUGUAGUUUCUAUCUUUGUAAAUAUGUUAAGUCUGUCUUUGCAUUUUCUAUUCCAACACAGACUUCCACCUUCUCCUUCCAACUCCACUUGUUCCAUAAAACACUGUGUAGGAAUAACAUUGCUGUAUUUUCCCUUGGUUUUUAAAAACAAGGAUCUUUGCCCUUCAGUAGCAUCCUGGGGUAGUUAACUCCAAGUUGUAACUAAGUUGUUUUAAAUGAUGUUGCCAGAUGCAAGGAAAAAUAAAUAUUUAGUGGCUCACUUUAAAAAAAGUUACACAGGAAGAGCGGUGCAUUCCUAAUAGUUCUUUUGGGCUAGUGUUUCAUAAUCGCCUUAUGCUUUAUUUUGAUUAUUUUUUUUCUUCCUUUGAGAUUUACUUUGACUGAACCAUAAGAAACCCAUAACUGAAAGGAUUUAGUUUGAUGUGUUGUUCCCAAUACAUACAACAAGACUAUAAGGACGUUGUGAAUCUGCUGGUGAACGUGGCAGUUCGCAAAAAUUAUGUGCAAACAUAAAGGAGCUUAUAUUUUAUUCAAAGUAAAAUUCAUAAUAUUUCCUUUUGGUUAGAACCAUUUAGAUGGUAUUGCCAAAGGAACAACUUUUUUCAGUUACUUCUGAAUAAACUUAUUAAAAUGUCAUCUUUAUAUUGGAUUGAAGUUUUUAUGAACAUUUCCUUAGUUUUUAGACUGUGAGCUUUUGCUUCAUCCUUUAUUUUAGGAAUACUAUUAAGCCUUCCACCUACUACUGAAUGGGGGGACUUAAAGAAACUUUGUAGGUUUGUUACCUGAGCAAUCACAGAAGAACACCAAUGGAACAGCUGUGAAUGGGGGCCAAAACAGAAGGAUGAACUAAGCAAGUUUAUAGUAGCAUAGAUUUUUUUUAAAGGUUUAAUGGUAACUAAGUCACAGAGACCCAUUUGUUUUUUUUAUGGAAAGACUGGUCCAGGCUUUCAAUUAAGUAAAAGUUGCUUAAAAAAUUAUAACGAUUAAUAAAUACUGUUGAGUCUUCUAGGUAAAACUGCUUUUAUUCACUGAAAUGAUACAGAGUAACGUGGUACUUUGGAAAUAACUGCACUGGUAAAAAUUAUAAAGAGUGCUCUAAGCCCAUUUCCAACAUAGUGACAAGAUGCUAUAACAUCAAGAGAAUAUUAAUGUGGAAGUGAGUUUUAUACCUGUCUGUACAGUUCCCCAUUUAAGCAUAUUUCUUAAUUACAUUCAGCACAUACAGUGCUGUUAGUGCUUCAGAUAGACCUAAGCCCAGGACAAAGAACAAGUCUCAGGUAGGAAGUGCCCGGUGGAAGCUGACUCUGAAGACCAAUGCCAGGUGAUGGCAGUGACUGGCUCUGCCAAGGGCGGUGUAGUUCCUCACUUCCAUGAGUGCUAGGACUGCUGUGCUACCUCCUCAGGUUAUGUCAUUUUUAUUUUUAAAAAUAAAUUCUUAUCUUUAAAAUGAGUCAUUAAACAGUUAUUCACCCCACUGUUAGGAAGCAGCUUCUCUGUGCCGAGAAGGAUGGGAAGACAUCUAGGAAUGGAGCACUAAUAGUGUGUGUCUGGAAAUCUGGGCUAGAUGCGAAUGCCAGACAGGCCAGCAGCUGAGUUCAGCAGUAGGAACAUCUGCAGUUGAUCAGCUGUCCUGUCAUAAGCAUGUGUUAUUGGGGUUAGAGGGUUUCUUGGAGCCUGAGAAUAUGGGUUUGAUUCAAAAGUCAAAGAAGUUUGUAGAAACGCUCCUGCUUUGGGUUUUGAAUCUAUCCCAAAGAGGCUGAGGUUCAGCCAACUUAAACAAGUUUUAAGAAUUUUUAUUCAGUUGGGGUUUAAAAAAAAAAAGACAAAAAUGGGUGGCUUUGGAACAAAGACGUGAAAUUGCCUCAGAUCUAUUUAAAUGUAGGAGGCAACGUAAACAAUGCCUGUUUAAUGACGAGAUGGAUCCUCUUUAAAGGUGGUUGCAGUAGAUUGUUGCUUGUGCAUAGACAAUGUACAACGCAUUGCUGGUUAUUUUAGCUGCUUAUUGCAGUAGCUGGGUAUCAGAACCACGUGUAAACGUACUCACUAUAUGUAUGUAUGUCUAUAUGCCUUUUAGUAUACACAUACAUACAUACGCACACCCUGUAUUGUCACCGUAUCUUACUAAUACCUUAAACUCAGUAGCAAAAGUAGCAAUUAGGUGAGUCACUUGUGAAAAUGUUUGUGUUUUGUUAGUUCUCAAAUUCUAACUUAAAACUGGAUCUUGUUGGCAAUGAUCAGUUUGAGUGGUACAUCUCUUCUAGUUCUAUUUGUUGUCUCCUCCCUCCCUCCCCCCCAAAACAAACAAACAAACAAACAACACAAAGGAAGUAGAGGUAAAGCUAGAUGAACGUGUUACAUCCAUGUUCUCUUUCAGCACGUAGUUAAAUCUGAACAUCUUAAGUUAACUUUCUUGGAAGAUCUGUUGCAACCAUUAUCUUGUUCUUUCUUGAUCAUGCAUUCAAAAUACAGCGCAAAAAAAAAAAAAAAAGGAACAUUCAAUGUAGUAUGUAAAUAUUGAACUUUUAAAAUUAAAAUGUUACUCAAAGUGCUUACAGUCAAACACAUCUUAGCUACCUGUUAGUUUUUUGUGUUGUCUUAUCUAAGUUUAAUGGAUAAAGUUCCAUAAAUGUUGAUGUGUUUUUGUGUAUAUCUUCAAAUUUUUAUAAAGAUGCUAGUAAGUCAAUACAUACAUCCUGAUCUGUGUAUUAUUUGUUCACAAUUUUUAUUAGCAUAAUUUUAUAAUGAUUUUAAUAGGCAACUCCAGUAGGUGAUUAUAUUGAGCCAUCUUUUUUUUUUUUGGAAUUUUGUUUUCAUCUGUAGCUCUGGAGAAUUCACUUCAUAACUAAUCAUAUUUUGCUUUGACUGAAAGAUUGGAUUGCCCAUAUGAUCUGUGAUAUUUUAGCAAAAUGUUCUGCAUUAAAAAAAAAAAAGGAAAGGUUUUUAAAAAGCUCAACGUUAAAGGGAAAACAGUACACUGUCAGACUAAGGCAUGGGUUUAUAGGUCUGUUUGGUUCUGCUGUACAAGCACAGAUAGGUCUGCUUUGUAAUACUGUUCUCAAAAGUUUGGGCUAUUUUCGUUUUACACAUAAUUCAAGUUGGUCUUGUAAAACUUGCUUUCAUCACAAUGUUAGCAAUUGAUGUGGCACAUAAUGUACGAUGAAACAAUUUGGAGUGUUUGAAAAGCUCAGUACAAUUGUUGCUAGGUAGGAGGAGGAUGGGUCCGUAGCAUUUUCACAGCUGAAGGAGCUGCCAUGCAAAUGUUUUCCCUCUAAGUAGUGGUAAGAGUAAAUUUAGACGGGGUAAUUGUUCUUAGUCUACCUAUAUAUCACCAGUAUGACUUCAAGAAGAAUAUUGGCAUCCCAUCUGUAAAGUAUCUUCAAGAUACGUAGCUUAUUCCCCAGUUUAAUUCUGAAAAAUAACUUGAGAUUUCCAAAUUUCUGUUUUAAAAAAAUACGGCCUUCCAGCCACUAAAAUGCCAAAUAGACUGAGCAUUUUCGUUUGAUGUUAGGUUUCCACUGCAAGUGUUUAGAUGAGAUUUUUUUUUUUUUAUAAAACUGUAGGUUAUUUGAGAACAUGUGCCUUGAGGGUCUUCAUAGUUUUUUUUCUCGACAUAAUCUAUCUACUUGGAAUAAGAAACAAAUUUUUAUUUAUUUUUUAAUAUUUUUUAUAUAGUAUUUUUUAUAUUUAUAUAUAGUAUCUUCUGUUUAGCUUUAUAUUGUGCAGUUACCUGAGAAACUGCUGUAUGCACUUUCUAUGGUUACAGAAAGUAACUGUGUGUAUGUAUGUGUGUGUGGGUGUGCUGCCCUUACACUACGGGUGAGAGGGCGGGAGGGAGGGUGUGGGUUUUCAUUUGCUGUUUCUUUUUGCCUGUUUGUCGUACUGGGGAGAUUUCCUGGAUUUGUUCUCUGGCAUAGCAUUGUGUUGUUCUGUCCUUCGCCUGGUACCAUGUUUGUUACGUGGGUUGUGAUGCUCGAAGGUAGAAAUCUGGCUUUCACAUGCUCCCUGUUAAAAAGGCAUUUUUGUUUGUUGAGACAUGAACCUUUUUAAAAUUAUUUUUUGUGCUUUUUAAUUUUUAGCAGCAUGUUGGAUGAGAAAUAAAUUUGAAGGAAAAUGAACAGGUUGCAGAAAGUUAGCUAUGUUAUAAAGGGUAUGUAUGGGUCAUUUAGGGUAACAUAGGGCUUUUGUUUCAAUGUUACCUUAAAUCAUGCCUUAACCAUUAAUUCAUAAACAUAAUUGUGGAAGUAUUUUAUCUUCAAUUAGUGUUAAAUCCUAAGGAUUUUAUGUAAGGUUUUUUUGUAACCUAAUUUUUAAUCACGAAGAUGACUUAUUGUCUACAUGAGCACAGGGCCUUGUGUACAAAACCUGAUUCAUAUUGGAUCCUUACGUAUACCAUCUUCUGGUAUAAUAUGGUUGGGAAGGAUCAUUUUGUUCUUUAUAACACUACUUUUUGCAGGGUUGUUUUUUUGCUUUUUCUUUUUUUAAUUUAUAUUUUAUAAUUUUUUAUUUUUCUUUUUCUAUUUCUAUGCUUAUUUUGGUGGAAAGUGUGGUCCCUAUUGCACUAGACAAAACCUCAAGGGGAAAGUUAAUCUCACUGGGUCUUUUAGGUGCCUGUGUUGCUUUCUCACUUCUUGGUUGGAUACAUGUUUUUCUAACUAACAGGAAAUGGGCCUUGUAUACACACAGCUUUUCAACACGUUGCAUUCCUUGUUUCAUGUAACAGCGCUCAGGUUAAGCCAUUUUUUACCAUCUGAAUAAUUUUAAUCAUUAAGAAUGUUUUCGUAAAGGCGUAUGGUUAAAUGGAGCUGUAUUGCGAUGUUGUGUGUAGUUACUUGGAAGAUCACAGUUUAAACAGAGCACUGCUGUGUUAAUGUUGCAUUCGUUCACUGGUUCAAAAUUAUCUCUAUGUACAUCUAAUGGUUUUUAAUAUCCGCUGUAUUUUUUCCUAGUGUCCGUCAGGCCGACUUCUGAAUAGUUUUAUUUCCAUGUAAAUAAUAUUUUCUUUUGCAGGAUUUCUUUUGCAGGCAGCGAAACUCUUCAACUGUUUAAUUUCUAAUUUAUACACAUUUUCACUUACAGACACACCAAAGAUGAGAUGCUAACUCUAAUUUAUUCACAGCUGAUCUUCUAUGCCACUGUGUAUAAUUUUUAUUGACACAAAUUGCCCUUAGAAUGAGUCAACUUUCUUUUCUCUUGUGGUGCCCUUUUCCUCUACCCUGUGCAUUACCUCAUUUCCAUCUCAUUUGCCCCUAUUUUUCCAUUCCCACAAGGAUAUUUGUAUCCUUGUUAUGUUCUUGAUCUUUUGACUCUAUGUUCAUCCCUCCAGACUUCAUCCUAUCUUAGUGCAUAGCAUGCAAUCUUUUGCUGUAUUUUCUGUUCUGUUCUCACUUACAGCCCUUUUGAUACUGAAGACUAAGUCUUCCAUGCUGGAAGCAUUAGCAUACUGUAUUUUUCUUUGCAGACUUCAUAGUACCUGAAUUUGAAGUUGCGUUUACAGGUGUCACACCUUAGGAGAUGCUGCCCAUACCAGAGCACUGGAGAAAUACCACUUAACAGUCUUGCUUUGCAGUUUUAUCUGUGUUGGAGAAUUACAGCAUUUUUAUACAUGCUCUAGCAUUUGUGGCAAGCCAGGAGGAACAGGAUUAACAACUCUUUUAUCCUUUUUACUUUUUCAGGAGUUCUGUUCUUGAAUUCAGUGAUAGUAAUAGCGCUUUUUUAUUGUCACUUAGAAAUACAAGCACUGUCGACACAAUUCUACCUCCUAUUACUAUUACUGAAUGUGAUCCUUCCUAACCUAUAAAGUCUUAAAUGCUGUAUAUAUAUUUAGGUGUUUUGAGAAUCACUUAAAAUGUAUUGCUCUAAUCUGGAUGACAGAGUUUGUUUAUUAGCAGUUCAGAAUAUAAAUUCAACAGCCGACUGUAUCAUUCUGACUCCACUGGGGGUUCAUCUGCCUCAUGUUUUCUACAGCAUCAUCUGCACAAGCUGUUUACUUCAUUUCGUGAAUGUAACACUGAACUAUUCCAAAUCCUCCACUUGCAUAAGAGAUCUUUGUCAUACCUCUUUAAGUGAAUGUAAAAAUGGCAACACAAAAAUAAUCUCAUGCAAGUUUUUUUACAUGUAAUUCCUUGUUUACAAUGUCAACAUGCAAAUAUAUUUAUUGUACCUAAAAUAUGUGAAUAAAACUUUAUUUUCCUCAUGA